AUGUCCACGCCAGCGUCAGGCGGAGCCGAGGCCGCGAAUAGCUCGCAAGCUGAGUCGUCGCCGCCUUCCGCUAUCCAUGCGAAAGGUGCCGGUGUCGAUGCUACGGGUGUCCAUGCUACGGUUGCUGGUGUUGAUGGACCCCGCAGAGGAUUGCGGACUCGCAAGCCGACGUCUCGCGCAGCAGGACUGGAUCUCAUCGAGGCACCAUCACAGUCACAGGCCUCUCAGCAACCGGCUACGCGCUCAAGUCGGAAGCGCAAGGCGGCAGACGCUAGCAUCGAGCCGGAGAACGUGACCGAGCAUGAAGUUGAUACAGUCUUCGCUGGAAGCGUCGGCAGCGACAAGCAGGAAGGUGAUGAGGAUGUGAAUCAGUACUGCAUCUGUCGCGGCACGGACGACGGAUCCUUUAUGAUUUCAUGCGAGCACUGUCAGGAAUGGUUCCAUACCAAAUGCGUCGGCAUGACGCAGAAAGCCGCCAAGAAGCUCGACGACUAUGUCUGCGAGAGCUGUGCCGACAAGGCAACCAGCGCUGGAGAACCCGCUGCAUCAAAGCCGAUGAAAAAGUACAAAUCUUCGAAAGGGCGACAAGCCGCCCAAGCAGCAAAAGCUCAAACUACAGAACCCGCGAGGGAUGAAGAGGAGAAACAAGCCAUUGAAUCAGAAGAGGAUAGCGCUUCCGACAGCGACGAAUACAUCGCCGAAGCCGGUGACGAUGCCUCGAAUCACGAAGACACAACGAUGCAAGACGUCUCGGAGCCCUCCAUGAAGAAGCAACAAGGGAAGCAAUCAGCCGCAAACGCUUCACUGUCGAAAGCCAAGAAAGAUGGGCAGACUUUAGGGGUUGCCGACAAUUCCUCAAAGCGCAGAGCAUCUGAAAGCCAGAGACCAGCAAGCGCCACGAGCAGAAUCGCUACUACUUCGAAGAAAGGCGCAUCUCGCAAACCGAGCGGACCGACCGAUGCCAGCACCGAAGAAGCAAGAUCGAGAGCUCGCAAGGUGCUUGCAACCGCCCUCGAAAAGAUCUUCGUCGGCACUACCGAGAAGCGCCCCAACGAGGCAGAUGAAGAGGCUCAGACAGACGAGCAACGCGCCGAAGGCUUCGCUGCGCUUUUGGAGGAGGAGCUCUUUGAGGCCAACGCUGAUAUUUACGGCUCGAUCCGCGUCGUUGGCUCAAAGUACAAAGAUCGCUUCCGCACUUUCCUGUUCAGUCUCAAGGAUGCAAAGAAUACCACGCUGCAUUCCAGGAUCGCAUCGGGCCAACUCGAAGCUUCUGAGCUGGCAAAGAUGUCCAACGAAGAGCUGGCCAACGACGCUAUCCGUCAGGCCACUGAGAAGGCGAGACUCGAUGCGCUGCACAGGAGCACCUUACGCACCGAUGAGGCUGGUCCGCUGCGCAAGAUGACGCACAAAGGCGAGAUUGAGAUCGAGAGUGACACGUUCGUUGCUCGCGAUCAGCCUGGAAAGUUCGAAAGGAUGUUGGAUGCUAGCAAGGAGACUGACAACCCUCCGGCGACGAGAAUUACCGAAAGCGAGCCAACGAUUCGGGCAUCGGGCAUGGAUGACGAGAACAGCCCCCAGGACGCAACUGCGCUGACAUUUUCAAGAGACGACCCAGAGCGUCGUUCUGCUCCCGCGCCGAGUCUCACCCAAGACUCGCCCACUCGCCUCAACUUUGGCGAAGUGUGGACGCAAAGCGAGGAAGUCAGCGCCGACAAUCAAAUUGAUGAGCCUCAAGAAUCGUAUGGCUUCGGCGGCGCUUCUCCUCACGACGCAGACUACGAUCAUAGUAUUGCAGCAGACGCAGACCAUGAUGCUACCGGCGUUGCCGACGAUUUCAUCGAUUCCUUCCUUGAUGGACCGAAUCAAGAUUUAGUCAAAGAGACGGGCGGCGUCGACUCAACGGUGUCUGAGCAACAAGUAAGGUCAACAACUCCAAGCGCAGAGCCGCCUAGCAGCGCGGUGCACCGCUACCGCAACAUCAUCUGGAAUGGUCUCAUCGAUCUGCCGGACAUCUUUGCUUUCCAAGGACACGUUAAGCAAGUUGCAGGUCGUAGCUUGAGCUCGGCAGCUAGGGUCUGGCCCAAGUUCUUCCCUGAACGGCCGCUCCUGAUCGCCGGUCGCUUGCCAACGAAAGCCGCCGUCGACUACCUGCUUCAAGUAGCCAAUGCCCCAAAGACGGAGAUUCUGGCUUUCAGCAUGGAGCCGGGUGCAAGCAAAGACGGUGCAGCGCGACCUCAGGACUCUGAUCUUGCAAGCUAUGAUGGGAUGCUCAAGCACUUUAAGAACGCGGAUAGAUGGGGAGCACUGCACAUCUCAUCCAGUGUCAAAGGUCACCUCAUCAAGGACUUUUACGUGGUCCCACUCUUCAAGGACGAGGAAGUGCCGCUCUGGCUUGAUAUGGUGGAGUCGGACUGUCUUGGUGCAGAUUGGCAUGCCAAGCGUGACCGCGACCUACUGGUGCUUGUGGCCGUCGUGGUCCGUGAUGCGCUACAAGCUGAGCUUUCCAAGGCAGAGAGGUCUCCAAGUCGCCAUCGAAGCGUCACAACCGACGGAGAGGCACGUGAGCCGGAGCCAGUAUCAGGUGGAUCGACGAUUGUAGCUGAAGAAGCGUACGAUCCAUCCGCCGGCCUCAGUAUUCCUCUGGGCAAGCCCAACACAAGUGUACCCGGUGCAGUACCCGGCGGUGCCCCCACUACCUCGGCAGCGUUUGGCUCGGAUGCUUUGCAAUCGCUUCUUCGCACGCUUGGCAAGACGACUGCCGCACAGCCGUCCGCUGGUGUCUCUGCCACCGUUCCGGGAGGCCUGAGUCCAUUCGGCGCCGCGCCACCGGGACCGCCCCCACCUGGUCCACCCCCUGGGCCCCCUCCCGCAUUUUCGGGCGUGUCAGUGCCCGCCAUUGGAGCCUCAACAGCUGGAUCUCGGUCGCCUCAUCCCGCUCCCGAGGCUGGCGGUUUUGAACCGCAACACUGGCAGCAGCAGCCUCCAUACUCUGGCUAUCAUCAAGGUUAUCCAGGACCUGCCGAUACGGCAGCCCACGGUCGUGGUGGAGGAUGGGCUCGAGAGUCGAGCUGGACAUCUUCCGCAAACAUUCCGGUGCCGCCGCAAAAUGCGACCCCGCCACAGCCGCAAGAGAUGCCAGAGGAAGAAUAUCCAGGCCAGUACAAUCCGGACUUCUUGGCUCAGGCUACCACUGGUGCUCCGCGAGGAGGAGCUGGAUUCGGAGGGCGAGGACGCGGACACGGUCCCGGUCCAGGACAAGGUUUCGGAGGCGGGCGUGGAGGAGGAGGAUGGGCUCGCGGCAGGGGUUGGUGA